ACAAUCGGCAUUCAAUAGCGAACAAGUGAAAUUAUAAGGAGAUCGUGCGUGCAAUAGUUAAAGAAAUUUGUAAAUAAUUUCAAUUUGCCAAUAUAGAGCACAUAUAAAAAACAUAAAAAAAUACUUAAAAAGUUCACUAAAUUAAAUAAGCAAAAAGCCUUUAAAUAUUCGCUGCUAAACAACACUUGUUGCAGAGCAGGACAUUUUUAAACAGUAUUGUCUUAUUUACCGACUGAAAUACAUAUAAAUUUAUGUUUAAAUAUUGAACUUUGCGAAAGCAUAAAAAAAUAUUAAGAAAAAUAUUUCAACUCAAAAAUUUGCAAGUCUGACUUUCUAAACGCCAAAUUGCGAAAUUGUGCACGAAACAACGCCAUUUCCAUUUCGUGUGCAUUAUUCUGUGAUAAUUUUUAUUAACAAAGUUAAACAAGCUCAACAAACAAAACAAACCAAAAUGUCGCUAACACAAGUGAACAGUAACAACAACAAAAAAAUUAAUAGUGCACUGGAUUGUUGCGAAUCGCGCACAGUACGCACAAUUAAUACGAAACAUUUGCAACAGCAACAACCACAACAACAGCAUAGUGUCAAAGUGUUAUCGACAAGUGCCGCCAGUGCAAUAAAUUUCGUCACUGGAAAUACCGCUACAUGCCAAAAGUCAGCGACUAAAGCCGCUUUAACAGCGAAAAUGCAAAGCGCCGCAUUAAAUUGCCAAACGCGCGCACACAGAAGGAUGCCGAUGAUGAAAUCCUAUGUACUCCUGCCAAUCGUUUGCAUUGUCAUAUUGGCGCAAAUUUCCACUACUUCAGGUCGAACAUUACACGGAAGAAAACGAAUUCUACACUCAUCACAGAAUCACCUGCAACAUCACAAACAUUUAAUACAGAACGAACGUGAUGAUUUAUCGCCUCUACUACAUAGCCUACAACCGCAACGUCGUCAUCACUUGAAUGUGCGUUCGACCGAAAUGUGCCCAGAAGAACGUAUGAAAGCAGCUCUAGACCUUAUACGAAAUCAAUCGCUUAAAUCGCUCAAUACGAUUAUGGGACAGAUUGAAGAAUUUACUAAAGUUCGUUUUGUUGAAACUGUGGAGAAUACCUUCCACAACUGGAGCAAACACAGUCUAAGUUUAGAUCAUCCAUAUACCAAAUCGUUCACCCGUCAAAUUAAAUUGAAUAAAGAAGCAUGUAAAAAUGUGAAUUUUGAACAAAAAACAAUGGAUGACAAAUUGAAAGAAAUUGUUAAGAUAUAUACAACAUUCAAAAUCUUGCGAAGCGUACUCAAUGAAACUAAAAAUGAGGACAACGUGCGGGAAUGGCAAAGUACAUAUAAAGAAAAAUCCCGUAGUAUAAUCGACUUUUUAGAAAUCACAUACGACGAGCUCACGAAUAAUAUAAAUGCUGCACACAGUGCAUUCAUGAGUACACGAAACUGCAGUUCAUUAAAUAUUGAUGACUGUAUUAACGAGACCAUCAUACCCGAUUACAACAGAACCGCCCAGGUGAGAGAAUGGUUGAUAGUUGUGGAAACCAUAAGCUUCUUCCAAUUUUUAAUAACCACACUCAAUAACUUGAUGCAGAUGUGCAAUUAAUGUAAACAAAUUCAACCAAAAAAAUCAAACAAACAAAUUAUGUACUUAUGUACAUAUGUAUGUAUGUAUAUGCCUAAGAGGCCGUCACACCGGUUCAUUAAAAAUAUGUAGCGGAAUACAUAAACCAGUAAACAAUGAGGCGGAAUAAUGUUUUUCAUACAGAUUUACAAAGAAUUGCAGUGUGUACGAUUUUUAGCGAAAGACUUCUACUAUAUAUAUAUAUAUAUGUUUAACACAAUUAUGACUUAUAUUUUAUUACUAUAAAUGAACAAAAAAGGCUUUUGCUUUACUAGCUUAUGAUAAUUUUCCAAUUCCUAUUAUUAAUUUUUAAUAAUUUAAUUAAAGACAGUUUGUUAUAGCAACUUGACGGUGCGAGUGCGCACAAAAUUUUCGUUUUAUAUAUUGUAUUGAAUUUUGUAAACAAUUUUUAUUCCAAAGAAUCAUUAAACAAAGCAUAUAAAAAAAUAAAAAAAAAAAAAUAUUGAAAAAUAAUUAAAUUUAUAUAUGUAUAUGCAACAUUAAGUCGCUGUCAAAGAAAUUUGUUUUUAAAACAACCAAAACAACCAAAAAAACAUAAAAACAUUUUGUUUUUCAUUUUCCAUUAUAAAAUACUCUUAAAUAUUUCGUGACAUACGCAAAAUUGUAAAUUAAGCAAAGCAUAUUUCGAAAGUAAAAGCAUACUUAAAAACAGUACACAUUUUAAAAAGUUACCAAAAAUUACAAAAAAUACUUAACUAUACAUAUAUAAUGUAAGAAAUUGUAAAUUAUGUAGAAACGUUAACAAUGAAGCUUAUUAAUUCAGCAACGCCAGCGCAUAAUAUAAUUAUAUAUAUGUAUAUCAUAGUAUUAAUUAAAAGAAUGACAAAUUUUAACUAAACUAUUUAUUUAUUAAUUAUUUAUUUAUUUAUAACAUAUUUUAUAUGCAAUUAUACACAUAAACAUUACAAACUUAUUUAUUACACCAAAACAUUAAAGAAACACCAUAAAGAUAUAUAAAACUGUUAUUUGUUUAUUUAUUUUUUGUUUUUCGGACAAAAACUCAUAGAAGUUAAAUGUUGGCAGCAAGUGGUCACAAAAAUUCUGAAAACAGAAAAAAAAAUAAAACGAGAAAAAAUGACAGAAAAAAACAGCAGUUGUUAUAGCAUACUAAUGAUGUGAUCACAUCAAUAGUAUGCCAAAUAUUAUACCAUCUACAUAUGCAGCAAUAUUAUAUGCUGCUUUCAAUAUCCAGUAGUUUGUGGAUCAGAAAUCAGUUUGUAUAAGGUAAGGUAAGGUAAGGUGUUAACAGAAGUGAUCACAACGCGUAUCAUACGUUGCUAUGAUAUCACAUCGCACAACGCAAUACUCCAUGAUACAUAUGAUACAACAUAAUAUGAUGUGAUCAUAUGCGAAUAGCAACUGAAGCAUGUAGUAGCACGUAAACAAAUGCAUAUGAUAUGACGUGACAUCACAUCACAUGCUGUUUUCGUAUAAUUAAUAAUCUGAAGGUUGAAAGAUGAGUACCACUUUUGUUUACAAAACAUAAAAAUGCAUAUUAUAUGACAUCACAUUACAUGCUGGUAUCAUAUAAUUAGGUGGCAUGUGAAGAAUCUCGUUACAUGUGUGUUUACAAAACAUGAAAAUAUACAUAUGACAUGACAUCACAUGCUGCUAUCAUAUAAAUAGCAGAUGAAGAAUAGAAUAACACGUGUGUUUACAAAACUUGUAAAUAUGCAUAUGAUAAGACAUCACAUCACAUGGUUCUACCAUAUAAUUAAAUAUCACAUCACAUCGCGUGCUACUGUCAUAUAAAUAAAUAGCAGGUAGGCUUACAAAGCCUGAAAAUAUAGACCUGAUAUGACAUGCUAAGACAUGAAAAAGUGCAUAUAUGUAUAUAUAUGAUGUGAUAUUACAUCAUAUGGAAAUUUAAAUUCGUCAAAUUAGAAAACCACUUCCAAAAAUCUCAAACUGCUUUUGUUAACAAACUUUAAGUGUGAAUAUGCGACCUGUACCACAAUUUAAAAUUCAAAAUGCCAAUCUUGAAGCCACAUCACACGUAUAUCUCUUAAUGUUUUAAUAAUGCUGCGGUUUGAAAAAUAUAUGAAAAUUGUCGUCAGCUGCCAAUGAUAAAGCUUAACGGUUUAAAUAAAAUCAUUUUCACUUACACUCAUUGCUUACACUUGGUAUUUAUGAAAGAUUAGUUGUGUCUCAAUUUUAAUGCUCAUAUUUAUAUAUUUAUUAAAUUAUUAGUAAUUACUUCCACUUGUACAAAUCACAUCUAUGUAAGUAUGUAAUAUGUAUGUGGCUGUUGUUAUGAAAACUAAACCUUCACAAUGAGCUGUAAAUUAUUUGUUGUACAUAUAAUGAGCUGAGCGAAAUGUUAAAAAUAAAAUUACAAAGUGACAUCACAAUUCAAUUGCGAAUGCACACAUAUACAUAUAAAUAAAAAAAAAACAACCAAAAAACAAAAACUAAGUUUAAAAUUCAAUAUGACAACAGAAUAUGUUCAAUAAAAAUGUGGCUAUGCAUGUACUUAAAGUAUAAUAUAAAAACUAAAAAAACUAAAAAAAUUAUAAAAAUGGACAUAGUACCCUAAAACUAAAUUAUAAAAUAUUAAAAAUAAAUUAAUAAUAUUAAAAAUAAAGUAAGUUAAAAGGAAAGAAAAAUAUAUGCUGUUAAAAAACCUAAACUAAAGCCAUAACAAAUAAUAGGCCUUCUAAGACCUUACUAUAAGUAAGAAAUUCUUUUAGUUUUGUGAAUAUAUGCCUACAUACAUACAAAAAUAUUAUAAUAAUACACGGCAUUAUUAAUUGGUUACUUAAUUUAUUUAAUUAUUUAUUGUACUUUAAAGAAAAAUAAGUCAGUGAAACUGAAACAAAACAAAAAAAUAUAUACAAACAAAUAUAUUGGGUUGGCGAAAAAGUCUUUUCGUAUUUUUUGCAUAGAUGUCGUUGUAGACGUAAAUCUCCAGUGCUACCAAUCACAUUGUGUCAUACCAUAUAAGUUGAAGUUAUUAUGAUUAGAAAUAUAAAAAUACUUUUUUGAAUACCCAAUAUAUACAUGUAUAAGAAAAAACCUUUGAAAACAAAACAGUGUAAGAAAAAAACAUGUAUAUUAAUUGCUAUGAAAUAAUAUUAAUAAAAAUGCAAAUAUGUACACACGUAAAUGCCAAAAGUGAUUGUAAAGUAGAAACAAAAUUAAUUUAAAUAA